AUGAACACGGCCACCGUGACGAGCGUCGAGAGCUCAACCAUGACCACCACUCUGCGUAACACGAGCAAUGGCAGACCCGAGCCGAAGUCCGCCAAGUCGUCCGUCUCCGCCUCCGCUUCCGACAACCAGCGCUCGACCGAGGAGCUGAGGAGAGCGGUCCAACGGAAAUACAGACACGUUGCCGCCGUUCACAAGAGCGUUCGCCCUUCCACCCUGAGCCAUGACUCCAACGCCGCCCCUAGCUUCCUAGGCUUCAGGAACUUAAUGGUAAUCGUACUAAUUGUCGGCAAUCUUCGUCUGAUGAUUGAGAACAUCCAAAAAUAUGGGGUAUUGAUCUGUAUUGGAUGCCACGACUUCCGUAGACAAGAUGUGCUUCUUGGCCUGGGCCUCUACGCCCUCAUCCCUUGCCAUCUGUUCGCCGCCUACCUCAUCGAACUGGCCGCUGCUCAACAGGCUAGGGGUCUGAGGGCCAAGUCGAAGGACGGCGCCGCUAGCCCAACGGAAGACCAACGAUCUCGGUUCAACGCAACAUGGAAGGUCAUUGCCUGGAUCCACGCCGUGAACAUCACUCUCGCCCUGGCCAUCACGACAUACAUGGUGUACUUCCACAUCCACCACCCCUUGAUCGGCACCCUGACCGAGCUUCAUGCCAUCAUCGUGUGGCUCAAGACGGCCUCGUACGCCUUCACGAACCGAGACCUUCGACAUGCCUUCCUGCACCCCGUCAAGGGCGAGCUGGCAGCCAUGCCCGAAAUCUACGCAAAGUGCCCCUAUCCGAACAACAUCACGAUGGGCAACUUGGGCUACUUCUGGUGGGCGCCCACGCUCGUUUACCAGCCUGCGUACCCGAGAACCGAGAAGAUCAGAUGGGUGUUUGUCGGCAAGCGCAUGGCGGAGGUCUUUGGCUUGAGCGUCUUCAUCUGGUUCGCCAGCGCCCAGUACGCUGCCCCGGUUCUGAUCAACUCCCUGGACAAGAUCGCAUCGUUGGAUGUGCCCAAGAUUCUGGAGCGACUGAUGAAGCUCUCCACCAUCUCCCUGGUCAUCUGGCUCGCCGGCUUCUUCGCCCUCUUCCAGUCAUUCCUUAACGCCCUCGCCGAAGUCACCCGCUUUGGCGACCGUUGCUUCUACGAGGACUGGUGGAACAGUGAGAGUCUGGGUGCUUACUGGCGUCUGUGGAACAAGCCCGUAUACACGUACUUCAAGCGUCACGUCUACUCUCCCUUGAUCGGCCGUGGCUGGAGUCCCAGGGCGGCUCAACUCGCUGUUUUCUUUGCUUCGGCGGUGCUUCACGAGGUUCUUGUCGGUAUUCCGACCCACAACGUCAUUGGCGUCGCCUUUGCCGGCAUGUUCCUCCAACUCCCUCUCAUCGCCCUCACCACCCCGUUAGAAAAGAUGCAAUCGCCCACGGGCAAGAUGAUCGGCAAUUGCAUCUUCUGGGUUUCUUUCACUAUUCUCGGACAGCCGUUCGCCGCGCUCAUGUACUUUUACGCCUGGCAGGCCAAGUACGGCAGCGUGAGUAGACAGAUGGCCUGCGCGAGAAGUUCUUAG